ACACACUCACACACAUUAGAGCAAGUCUCAUGACAUUACAUUAGAGGUGUGUGGAUGCACUCCACACAAACACAUAAACACACACUCAUAUAAACAUGCACAUGUGUGGACAGGACUGCUCCACUACUGGACCUCUCACUCAGCAGUACCCUCCAAAAGAGCCACGGAGCCUAUAAAUAACAGCUCUUGUCCUCUAUGGAGUUUAAUUGGGCUUAAAUGGCUUGGCUGCUUAGGAAUCUAUCUUCCAGCACAUUCCUUUAAAACCCUUCUAACUGUGCUGGGAAACGGUUAUAGAACACCUAAAACUCCCCCUUUUUAGACCUCUCUGUGGACUAAACAACAGAGGAAGAGGGAGACCUAUCUAUCCCUCCCUUCACCACCUCCUUUCAGCAGUCCAGGCAGGAGAAACCGUGGGAGAGACGGAGAAGAGGAGGAAAGAACAGUAGAGCUGGCACCACCGUCCAUUAAACCUACCCACCACUUAAUUUCCUGUAAUCUGGGGGUUCCUGUUGCUAGUGGGGACAUGGACACUUCUACACUUGUGUUGGCUGCCGGGGACAAAUUGUGUGACAAGACGGUGUGCGAGGCACUGGGCCGCUUUGAAGCCACACUGGCGGCGGCGGUGCGCAAGGUGCAUGUGGACGUGAGCGCCUUCAAGCGGGGUGUGGAGCGGCGAGUGGACGAGGUGUGCCGGGCACAGGGACCCCUGUACGAGGCUCUUCAGCAGCUGACGCAGGAGAACCUGCAGCUCCGGAGCCAGCUGGAGGUGCUGGCCUGCCUGAUGGAGGGUCUGACGGGAAGAGUGGUGGACAGAAGCGCCCUCGAGGAGACGGCCGGUAGGGGAUGGAUCCCCAUGACUUCGUCCCAGGGGACGGGGAACAUAAGCCAGGGGAGCCCCUCCACCACGGUCCCCUCUGGACUGUCGGAGUCUGGUUCUUCUGGUCUUGGUUCUGAUGCCUCUAGUUCUACAUCAGCCUCUCUCUCCAGCAGGGAGCCAAUGGGGGAUAUCAGCAUGUCUAAUGGACAUAAGGUUGUUGACAAAAUGGAAGAGGAAAAUGUUACUGCUGUGUUGGAGAAUGGACAUGACAAAGAACUGAAGUCUGCUGGUCAUUCAUUAGCAGAUGUCACCUCACCCAAAGCAAGAUCGGAUUAUUUGUAUAAAUCUGAGGGCUCGUCAUUCGGCAAUCCUCAUCUUCCCUGCACUCCCAUGACCAAAACGGACUCCCCCACUAGCCCCAAACCGCCAGCACAAUCUCCUGCUUUGGCCCAAAAGUGUCCUGCUUCAACACCAAAGUCUCCUACCUAUCCAAUAGCAGACGUCACCACUCCCAAAACAGCACUUGAUGUUCUGUUUAGUCCCGCAGAGAGUUUGCCUGGACAACAUCAGGAAGUGAGGUCACCAGUCAGCAGUCAUGCAGCUCAGCAAGAGCACCCCACCCCUGUAUCUCUGGCCCCGCCCUAUGCCUCUGUCAGUGCCAUGAGCAAAACUAGCCCCGAGGUACCAACUGCACCAGCCCAGUCCCCUGCCACCCCAUCUUGGGCCCCUGACGCCCCAACUCAGUCUCCUGCAGCCCCAACCAGGUCUUCCGCAGCCCCAAGUCAGUCUUCUGCCGCCCAAUCUCAGUCUCCUGCAGUCCCUCCAUCUCCUGCCCCUGCACCCAAAACACCUAGACAAUCAGUAUUUGAGGAGACCAAACCCAAAGCAUCAGGAGAAUUUCCUUUCAAACGUAGUGAACGUGUAGUACAUGCAGUUAAGGCAGCGAGCCCGAGUCUUACCCGUAGCAUGAGCUUCACAGCAACCACAGAAAAACUCCUACCACCCAGAAAAGUGCUUUCCCCUGGCACAGACAGGAGCCUGGACAAGUUUGGCGGUCUGGAAAGUUUUGGCGGUCCGAACAAGUUUGGCAUUCUGGACAGGCUUGGUGGUCUGGACAAGUUUGGGGGUGGUGGGGAGCGGAAGCUGCAGAGGUCACAAACGCUGCCUCGCAACCUCGGGAUGCAGGGCAAACGGUCUCUGUUUGAGAGUUUGGCCUACGAGUGUGACAGGUCCAAGGCUACAGGCUCCAAGCACACACUGCAGCGCUCUCAGAGUUUCAACAGCGCUAGCAACAUCAAGGCAAUGCUCCUGGAGUGGUGCCACUCCAAAACCAUUGGCUACCAGAACAUAGACAUCCACAACUUCUCGUCCAGCUGGUGUGAUGGGAUGGCAUUCGCUGCCCUGGUCCACUCUUUUUUCCCCCUGGUGUUUGACUACAGCACACUGAACCCUGCCAAUCGCAAACACAACUUUGAAGUGGCCUUCACCACAGCAGAGGAGCAAGCCGACUGUGUGCGUCUCAUAGAGGUGGAGGAUAUGAUGGUGAUGGGUAGCAGACCAGACCCUAUGUGUAUUUUCACCUACGUCCAGUCCCUCUACAACCACCUCAAGAAGUUUGAAUGACACUCCCAUGCAGAGACGAGCACCCCUAUCAUCACCAGUUACAUUGACUCAUGUCGUCAGCAAACCAAAGCACUACUCACUACUUUGUUCAAAUCUUGAUAACUGUAUAUGACGAUUGUGCCUGUAGAAUUCUAUUUGAAUUCUUCUGGUCCUGUAAUAAUGUGCUGUGCAUAUGGUUUGGGGGAUUUAUUUUGCCUCAUUUAGAAAAUAGAGGUAGUGAAUUGGAGAAAAUAUUGGUAGUUAUUUUAUAUUGGUAUAAUACGGAUGCAUAUCAUAAACUAAACUAGUGUUUAUUAAGCAUGAAGCUAGCAAAACACCUGAAAGGCAUACUUUAGUAGACAAUGCAAAUGAAAGGUGUAAAUUUAAAGAAAGGUGGCAGGAUCGGCGAUGUAACAUAGGUACCAGAGUGGCCAGAUCUGAGUUGGUGACUACGACUAUUGUGUUGUGUAGAAAUGAAUUACAUUGAUCUUUCCUAUGUGCAUAUAAGAAGAGGUUCAAAUAUACACUCAACAAAAAUAUAAAAACGCAUGCCUCCCGAGUGGCGCAGUGGUCUAAGGCACUGCAUGGCAGU